AUGGUCUUGGAACUGAACCAGGUGAUUAUUCCAACUUACGGAACUGUGCCAGCUCAGCAAAACCUUAACACUCCUGAAUGGGCUGAUUUUGAUGAUAAGCCUGACUCCUUGUUCUUCAACGAUGGACAGCGAAGAAUUGACUUUGUUUUGGUGUAUGAAGAUGAAAGCAAAAAAAUUACUCAUAGGAGAAGUGAUCAUAAAAAGCAAAAGAGAAAGAGACAAGUAUAUGAAUCAAACCUGAUAAACAAUGGCUUGCAACUUGAAGCAACAAGAUCGGUUUUGGAUGAAAAACUUAUUUUUGUGAAAGUGCAUGCACCUUGGGAAGUGCUGUGCACAUACGCUGAGGUUAUGCACAUCAAAUUGCCUCUGCAACCCAAUGACCUGAAAACCCGAGACUCAGCUUUCAACUGGUUUAGCAAAUUCUUCAGAGUGAAUGAAAAUAUCAUCAAACCUGAGCAAGAGUUUUUCACUGCCCCUUUUCAAAUGGAACAUUUGUCCAACUUUUAUAUACAAGACAAAGUCACAUUUUUCAAUCCUGCAACUAGAAGCCGAAUUGUUCAUUUUAUCCUGUCCCGCGUGGAAUACGCAACCAAAAACAAUGUGAAGAAGUUUGGCAUUAACAAAUUACUGGACACUGGAAUCUACAAAGCAGCAUUUCCCCUGCAUGAUUCUAGUUUUAGGCACAUGUCAACUGAUCCCAACUGCCCAAGUGAACGAUAUCUUCUCUACAGAGAAUGGGCUCAUCCCAAAAACAUUUUCAAACUGCAACCCCUGGAUUUCAUCAGGAAGUACUAUGGAGAGAAAAUUGGAAUCUACUUUGCUUGGCUGGGCUUUUACACUAAUAUGCUGAUCGUGGCUGCAGUGGUAGGAGCUGGCUGUUUUUUGUAUGGAUGCCUGACAAAGAACAACUGCACAUGGAGCCAAGAAGUAUGUGAUCCCAACAUAGGAGGUAAUAUCAUAAUGUGCCCUCAGUGUGAUAAAGUAUGUACCUACUGGAACCUCACCAUCACUUGUGAAUCGUCCAAGAAACUCUGUAUAUUUGAUAGCUUUGGAACACUGGUGUUUGCAGUAUUUAUGGGAAUAUGGGUUACUUUGUUUUUGGAGUUCUGGAAGCGACGGCAGGCUGAACUAGAGUAUGAAUGGGACACAGUUGAGUACUUAGAGCAAGAAGAACAAGUUCGUCCAGAAUAUGAAGCUCAGUGCACUCAUGUGGUAAUGAAUGAAAUUACACAGCAAGAAGAACAUGUGCCAUACACUGCCUGUGGGAAGUGCAUACGGAUGACUUUCUGUACAAGUGCAGUCUUCUUCUGGAUUCUUUUGAUUAUUGCUUCAGUUAUUGGAAUCAUUGUCUACAGACUCUCAGUUUUCCUGGUGUUUUCUUCAACGUUGUCACAGCACAUUAAUGGAACGGAGGCAAUCCGCAAGUACCUGACUCCGCAGACAGCCACUUCAGUAACUGCUUCGUUCAUCAGCUUUAUAGUCAUUAUGGUUCUCAACGUCGUCUAUGAAAAAGUGGCAAUCCUGAUUACUGACUUUGAGCUUCCAAGGACACAGACUGAUUAUGAAAACAGUCUAACCACAAAGAUGUUCUUGUUCCAGUUUGUCAACUACUAUUCUUCAUGCUUCUACAUAGCCUUCUUUAAGGGGAAAUUUGUAGGUCACCCUGGAAAUCCAGUUUAUUGGCUGGGAAAGUAUCGCAAUGAAGAGUGUGAUCCAGGAGGAUGUCUCCUUGAACUCACAACUCAGCUUGCUAUCAUAGUAGGAGGUAAAGCAAUCUGGAACAACAUUCAAGAAGUGCUUCUUCCUUGGGUUAAGAAUCUAAUCGGAAGAUACUGUGCAGCUGCUAGAUCAGAAAAAGUUGUUCCACGCUGGGAACAGGACUACCACCUCCAGCCCAUUGGAAAACUUGGACUGUUUUAUGAGUAUCUUGAAAUGGUUAUACAGUUUGGCUUUGUCACUCUGUUUGUGGCGUCAUUCCCCCUGGCUCCUCUCUUGGCUCUUAUUAACAACAUGUUGGAAAUCCGGUUGGAUGCAUGGAAGCUGACGACCCAGUACAGGCGCAUGGUUCCACAGAAGGCACAAGACAUUGGUGCCUGGCAGCCCAUCAUGCAAGGCAUAGCCAUUCUGGCAGUGGUCACCAAUGCUAUGAUCAUUGCUUUUACAUCUGAUAUGAUUCCUCGCCUGGUUUAUUAUUGGUCCUUUUCAGUCCCUCCUUAUGGGAGUCACAGCAGUCACACUAUGAAAGGGUAUAUAAACAGUACACUUUCUGUCUUCAAUAUAUCAGACUUCAAGAAUGAAAGCAAGCCAUUUUCCCCUUGGUUUGGGAACAUAACAACAUGCAGAUACCGGGAUCUUCGCUACCCUCCUGGUGACCAACACCAAUAUGAGCAUAACAUAUACUACUGGCAUGUCAUUGCAGCCAAGCUGGCUUUCAUCAUUGUCAUGGAGCAUGUCAUAUACUUUGUGAAGUUUAUUAUUUCAUAUGUCAUUCCGGAUGUAUCACAAAAGACCAAGAGCAAGGUCAAACGAGAGAAGUACCUAACACAGAAACUCUUACAUGAGAACGAUCUCAAAGUUGUGAAAAAAACCAUGGGGAAAAUUGCCGACAAAAUUAUCAGAGGAAUAGACAGUACUUUCCAACCUAAAGCUGAAUAAGUACUUUUUAUAUGGAAUAAUAGUAUUUAGCCAACUAAUACCUGUCCAGAUAUUACCAAUAGCUAACCAAACGCUUCGGAUUAAUUCCCUUUACUAAAGAGUUUCUUGCAACUGUUACCUGCUCAUUUUAUGUAUUUCCCUUGGACAAAUGCAACCGCUGCAACUCAGAUAAGAGUUAUGCAUUUUUUAAACAGCUCUGGUAGGACAUAUUUUUUUAACAUGUAAAGAUAAAAAUUAUUUAUCAUCUUAAGACAAUGCAGAUUAAUUCUCAAAUACAUAGAAUGCUUUCCACAUUAUUUAGGCAUCAGCUAUUAGAUCUCUUGUUUGACUUGAAUAAAACCUUAAGAACAACGAUGAUUUCUUGUAAGAAUGCCAUCACAUCUUCUGAAGGAGUUUUGAUUACUUGAUAAUGCAAACCCCAACUAUAAAAUGAAGAGGAAAAGCCAAAACGUGAAGGAAAAAGAAGGAAAAUACAACUCAGAAUGAUGUUGUUAAGCCACUGGAAUUGACAUAGUAAGCGCUGUUGUGUGCUACACAGAAUUAGCUAUGCAUACUGAGACUUAAAUGGAUAACAACGUAUUUCAAUUAAUCAUGGACUUGGAUCACAAGAAGCAGCAGGACUGUAAGCCCAUCCUGUUCAUCAAUCUCUGUGUAAACAGAAUUGCCUUUGAAAUCAAUGCAUACAAACUGACUUUAUAGCACUCCAAGUGACUAGAAAACUCAGGCAUUUUAUCUUUCCCCAGUCAAUGUAUUUUCAUUUGUUCACUUGCCCAUUGUGCUCUGAAUGACCAUAGCCUUGAAGAUCUCCUACCUGUAACAGUAAUGAGUGUUCAAAAGUCUUUUCACGUACUAAAUCAAUACUUGUGGAGGGCUUUUUUGCAUUUCUCCAACACCAGAGGCACUGUACUCUUCCCUGAUAGACCAUGAAUCUAUUGAAACUGGAGAUUGGAAUAAACCAUUUAAUAUGCCUUAACCAUGUUAUGAAGCUUUAAAUAACUAGGAGGGAUGUUAGAGAUGUGGAUCCGUGCGCUAGAGCCAUCAGUCAUCUUCAAAUUAGGCUGCAGAUCUGCUUGGCUAUUUUGGCUCCAGCUGCAAACUGUUGGGAGUUAGGGAAUUACAGAUAAGCAUGUAUGUAGAGCUCUGCUUUGUGUCUGCAGCAGUGAUAUUCCAGAUUAUUAACUUGCUUUCUUUUUUGAACAGUUUUAGUGGACCAAUUUCUACUAAGUCUGAAAACAAAAAAAAAAAACUUGUUAAAAAAGCAAAAGUAUGCCUGUACUCUGUAAACCAGGUGAUUAUUCUUGUGUUUGUAAUGUCACACUCUUAAAUGUAAUAGAUAUGCAGAAUUUUUAGGCAGAUUAGAGAUAUAGCUUUUUAUUAAAGAUAUAGCUUUUUUGCAUAUUAAGAACUUCAUUUGCAGAAACUAAGUAGCAUUUAUAAGAUAUAUGUUAUCCCAUUAGUAAUCAGGAGGAAUCAAAAAUCUGAUUUUUGUAGCAAAAUUUCCAAAUAUUGACUUGUUCCUCAAGCCUGUCCUUUGAAACAGCAACAUUUAAACCAGGAGAGGUGGUAGCACAUGAGGGAAGUCCUUUCAUCAGUCAUGAUACACAAGCUUUCACUCAGCAACACUUUGUGUGAUUGCAUGGAAGAAUGUGAGAGGAAAGCUUGGUUCAGAAAUCAAGGAAAGAUUAAAGAAAGAGACUCACAGGUUCCAGAGAACCACUUCCAUUUCUGACACUGAAGGACUGAAGCUUAUUAUAAUGCCCAGAAAACUUUGUGUAGACACCACCUGAAGAGUAAAAAACACAGGACAGAAAAACAGACCAUAACAAUAAAUGACAGUCAACCAGAGCAGCGAUGGAACCAGUGCUUCUUUGCACAGGGAAUUACCCUUUGCCAAUUGUUUUGAUUUCAUCAGAAUAGUGACAAAUCUUUAAUUUACCAGGAAGCAAAUAUAAAUUGGGCAGACGGACAAACAGAAGUUUCUAAACAAGACAGAAUUUCUUAUCAAAAUAUAUCUCCUCAAUACUGAUUUGACCUUUUCCCUGGGUCACAGGAUGAUUGGGGAUGGAAGGGACUUCUGGAUGUCACCUGGUCCAAUCCCCUGCUCGGACAGAGCCAGCUGCCCAGGACCAUGCUCAGACAGCUUUUCAAUAUCUUCAAGGAUGGAGACCCCACAACCUUCCUGGGCAACCUGUGCCAGUGCUUGGUCACCCUCACAGUGAAAAAUUGUUUCUUGAUGUUCAGAGGGAAUGUCCUGUGUUUAAGUUUGUACCCAAUGCCUCUGGUCCUGUCACUACAUAGUAUACCAAACUUCAGUUUAAAACAAAUUUUUGUCAGAAAAAAACUAUUUAAUGGAACAAUUUUAGUGAAGUACUCAGACUUUCCUGUGCAAAAUUAGUUUGGUUACAAAGGCCAGUCAGAUUCUUUCAGACCUGGAGCUUUAGAAUUUAGUUUUGAUCUGGCCCUUCCCCAUCUGCAGUUGUGUUCAGCUGAGAGUUGCCAUUUUCAUACCCCCCAUCAGGAAUCACAGCGCCAGUGUGCCUUAAAUACCUUUUCACGUGCUGUGUUGGAAGGCUGGGGCAAGCAAGGAGACAUCCUGUGAUAAAGGAAAAAAGAAAUGCAGCACUAAAUGGGCCAUUUCAGGUAAUUAUUUGGUCUUAAGGAAGUAUUUAUGGCCCUCUUUGAGAGGCAAAGAGACUAGGAAAUAAAGAAAUUGAGUGCCUUGCCUGGGGUCAUAUUGUGAGUUGCAGACUUUAAGGCUGAUUUUUCAGGAGUGCCUGGUCAUCUGCUCCUUGUUUGGUUCCUGUGGCCUCUCUCAGUUGCCCCUUUUUACAUCAGUUGGCAGCAUCUCCUGAAGGGAAACUUGGCCCCCAAUGACACCGAGAGUUUAUGUUCAUUCCUUUAAAAUAAUUAUU